AGUUGUGUCGGCCAGCAGAGAGGACUGUUGAUGGACCAGAUUUCCUUCCCCAGGAUAUUUUACCGAAGCGGUUGAGAGCACCGGACCGAACCAGAAGCUGUACCGCCCCGGUCCGGCCAUGGACGAGCAGGCGGGCCCCGGCGUCUUCUUCAACAACAACAACAAUUCGGGUUUGCCCGGCGCUGGGAAUAUUAAAGCUCCGCAGACUGGCGACGUCGGGGGCGGAGAGGCGGCCAGGGCUCAGUACAACAUCCCGGGGAUUUUACACUUUCUCCAGCAUGAGUGGGCCCGCUUCGAGGUGGAGAGGUCACACUGGGAGGUCGAGCGGGCCGAGCUGCAGGCUCAGAUCGCCUUCCUGCAGGGGGAGAGGCGAGGUCAGGAGAACCUGAAGAAAGACCUGGUGAGGCGGAUCAAGAUGCUGGAGUACGCUCUCAAACAAGAGAGGGCAAAAUACCAUAAGCUGAAAUAUGGAACAGAACUGAACCAGGGAGAGAUCAAACCUCCGAGUUAUGAUUCAGAUGAGGGGAAUGACAGUGAGGCUCCCAGUCCUCCGAACAGCAGCCAUCAGCUCAGCUGGAAACAAGGACGCCAGCUGCUCAGACAAUACCUGCAGGAGGUCGGAUACACAGACACCAUCCUGGAUGUGAAGUCUCAGAGAGUGAGAGCGCUGCUCGGUCUGACCGGAGACUCAGGAGAGAAACCCUCAGAGAAGAAAGUCGAACCGAUGGUCAACGGCACCGAACCGUCCUCCCUGAAGGACAGCGGCAUGGUCAGUAAACCCGACAUGUCCGACUCAGCCACCGUGUUGGAGGCCUUCAAGUUCAUUGAGAGCGCUGCAGCAGAAUUCAGCGACGAGGACGAGGAGGAGGACAGUGAAGGACGGGAUAAGACCAUCUUAGACCUGGCUACAAUGGUGAGGAAGAAACAGUCGUCUACCCCUUCGUCCACGACCUCUGACCUCAGCGACGACCCCGACACGGAGGAGGCUCUGAAGGGUUUUGAUUUCUUGGCGAGUCCAGACGAGUUGGACGGAUCUCUGGAGUCCAGGAGCGGGGAGGACAGCGGAGAGUGGGAGAAGGAAGAGCAGUCUCCUCUGGGUGAACUGGCCUGGGACGUGGACCAGGGACUGAUAGCCCAGCUCAAGGAGCAGUACAGGAAGGAACGCAAGGGCAAGAAGGGGGUAAAGAGACCAAACCGGUCUAAGCUCCAGGACAUGCUGGCUAACCUGCGGGAUGCUGAGGAGAUUCCCUCCCUGCAGCCUCCUGUGACACCCCCCUCCCGCCCCGCUGUACCCAGACUCAAUGAGCAUGAAUUGGGACGCCCAGAAGAAGAGGCAAUGACCUUCCUGCCAUCGUCUGGGAAGUCGUUCAUAUUGGGCAGAGUGGAUGAGGCGGUUUCUAACGAGCUGGGACUGGGAGAACUGGCAGGACUGACGGUCGCCAACGAGGCUGAAACCCUGGCUUAUGACAUCACCAACAACAAAGACGCUCUGAGGAAGACCUGGAACCCAAAGUUCACCCUGCGGAGCCACUUUGACUCGGUGCGGAGUCUGGCCUUCCACCCGGUGGAGCCCGUCCUGGUCACCGCCUCCGAAGAUCACACCCUCAAACUGUGGAACCUCCAGAAGACGGCGCCUGCCAAGAAAUGUGCUGCUUUAGACGUGGAGCCCAUCUACACAUUCAGAGCUCAUAGCGGCGCUGUGCUGUGCGUCACCAUGAGCUCCAGCGGUGAGCAGUGCUUCAGUGGCGGCGUGGACGGCACCAUCCAGAGCUGGAACACCCCCAACCCCAACAUCGACCCCUACGACUCAUAUGAACCCUCUGUCCUGCGGGGGGCGCUGUUAGGUCACACAGACUCAGUGUGGGGUCUGGUCUACAGCUCGGCCCACCAGCGCCUCCUCUCCUGCUCGGCUGAUGGGACGGUCCGGCUGUGGAACGCCGCCGACACCUCGCCAUCUCUCGCUGUCUUUAACGAGAGAGGAGAGCUGGGAGUGCCGACCUCGGUGGACCUGGUGAGCAGCGAGCCAGCUCACAUGGUGACAUCUUUCACCACCGGCCACAUCGGACUCUUCAACAUGGAGACGCAGCAGCUCGUCCUGAAGCUGGAGUCCGCCGGACCGCCAGAAGCUCCCUGCAAGAUCAACAAAGUGCUGAGUCAUCCCACGCUGCCAAUCACCAUCACAGCUCAGGAGGACCGGCACAUCCAGUUCUUCGAUAAUAACACAGGUAAACUGAUCCACUCGAUGGUCGCUCACCUGGACUCUGUCACGAGUCUCGCUGUGGAUCCAAACGGACUGUACCUCAUGUCUGGAAGUCACGACUGCUCGAUCCGUUUGUGGAACAUGGAGAGCAAGACGUGCAUCCAGGAGUUCACCGCUCACCGCAAGAAGUUCGAGGAGUCGAUCCACGACGUGGCAUUCCACCCUACCAAGUGCUACAUCGGCAGCGCCGGGGCCGACGCGCUCGCCAAGGUGUUCGUAUGACCUGACACCAGCUGAGUGUGGAGCUCAGAGGACGGGUGGAGUGUCACAGAGAUGGAGGAGGGUGGAGUUGGUCUCCACUGUUGAGUUUGGAUGAGGAAGCAGAAAACUGAAGGUGACAAUAGCCGGACUGCUCCUUUAAGAUCUGUCAAAUAUUCGCCCCCCCACCCCCCUUCGGACUUAGGCUGGCCCGGGUCCCGAAACAAACAAACCUCUGGAUGAGACGAUGAAUGAAACAGGAAGUGGCAAAAAAUCCAUACAGGAACUCUCGGUACAUUUUAGUAAAGCUGGAAUCUUUUUUCUUUUAACAUAAAAACUCUCCACCGUCACUGACCCCAAACACUCCAGUAAAAACAGCCUGCGUGUCGGUGUUGCUUUGAAAUAUUGUUCAUGAUAAUGUGCCUUUUUUCUUCACGACAUAAAUUCUUUUAGGUUUCGAGGGAAAAUGAUUUUGUGCAUCAGAAGAUCAACUUUUUCCCUUUCAAAAUAUGACGACCCAAUUUUAACAAGUCAGAUCCGAAUGUGUCACAAGCUCAUCACACACGUGGAGACUGAGUCGACUCAUUUAUGAUCAGAACUCAUGUGAGCGCUCUCAUUUCACCUCAUGAUGACAUCACUCUCUGCGCAGGACUCUGUGGAUUUUUGCUUCUUAAAUUGAUUUGGUGUGAUUUUCAUUAUUUCCUGUUCAAGUCGUUGCCUGCGGCCUGAAGAAGAAGUUUAAUCGGUCGGAUUUUGGAGAGUGGUCGAGUUUCAUCCUGUAAACGCCCACGCCAGGAGGUAAGAGGUCAGAGGUCAUGACCCAGAUUAGUGACACUUGUGUCGGGUGGACUCAGAGACUCUGUCAGCAGGUCAGAUCACAAACAUCUGGAGAGUUUCAUUUCAAAAUCAGACGGUUUCUGACACAUGAAACAUGUGUCAACAUGUGUAGCUCUGCUCAUAUAUUUGGAGCAACAGUAACACUCACUGCGCUCUGAUAGAGCAGGUGUGUCACAGAGUGGAGGUCCUUCCCUAACAAACAGUCUUUGGCUGAGUGCAGACGUGAUUCAGAGAAUUAACUGGAGUUUUAUUUCUGCACAGUGAGCUGUGGUGUGGCUUAGAGAAGAAUAAUCUGCGUUGUGGUUGUACAUCGAUGAAAUUUGGCAGCAGCAGCAGUGAGAAAUGUUAUCAAACAGAUUUAUUAGAUGUCAUGGGAGACUUUGAGAGUAGCAGAGCUGCAGGAACCAGCUGGAGGCUGAAAAAAGGGAAUUGGCUGUUAUUCAAACUUUCGGUCUGAGUAAUUUGACACUGUGCUGCUGCUGCACCUUUUAAAAAAAUCAGCACAGGUUCAUUCAUGUUCUCCACAUUCCCACCUGAGCACAGAACGUGCACGAACAUGUCCUAGAGUUUAAUAUCUACGUUUAAAGGAAUACUUCUGCCCCCGAAUGACUAUUUGUUCAUCAGUUACUCACCCCGUGUCAUGUUGAAUUCAUGAAGAAAACUGUUUUUCACGCAUGCCUCCACGGUGAACGAAAAAUACAAAAACAGAGAAAAUUCCUGGUGAAUUGAAGUCAUGGGGUCGACGAAAACUCUCACAUAACUAAUGCAGUGCAAUCCAGGUCUCUCUCAGCCAGUCGUAUGCUCAGUACUUCCCAAACAAACAGCUAUUUCCAACCAAGCAGCGUCCUAGGAGGCUGAAAAUGAAGCCAAAAGUGCCAAAAACUGCAGUUCCUCUAAUGUCCACUCGAGGACCUCAUAGACCUCCAUGUUAAAAUGUCUUUACAACAUGUUUACAACCUGGAACAAAAAAAUAGUUUCAGUCUCUGUAGCUAAUUUCAACAUUCACGACAACUGUAAGGGACUGAAUUUUAUAUAACUCACCUGUUUACAUGUCAUUAACGCCCAAAGUUACACAUAAUUAUGAGCUGGUUCUUCUUGAGUCAGAUCCACCCCGCACUUAUCCACAGCUCCAGCCUCUCAUCCAAAUAUGGUCACUUCUGGCUCCGAAAACCAAGAUGGCGACAGCUGAAAUGCCGAACUCGAGGGUUCAAAACGGGAGCCCAAACCAAUGGGUGAUGUCACAGAAUUUCUGGCACAGAAAUGAACUGAAAAUAUAAUUUAUCCAUGCUCUCUUGAGAGCCACCAGACUCCAUUAACAAAAAGAGUAAUUUUACCUCACUGAACAUGGGAGUGGCUGCUCUGCCGCUGACUCGAUCAGUUAGUUUAUUUGUGUUACUGUGUGACUUUGCUGAAUCCAAACGAACCCUUUAAAACACUAAAGUUGCACAGUAACACAAACAGACUAACUGAUGGAGGCAGCGGGGCCUGAGCAGCUUUAGUGUUCAGCGAGGUAAAAUUACUGUUUUUUUCAAUGGAGUCUGGCUUUGCAUUGUAACACAGAAUAAAACAACAGCGGGUUCAGUAGAGUGUUUGAUUUGAGACAGCAUGCUGGCAUUGCAGAAUCGAAAGAGGUGUGACGGGCGUGACAUUAACACAACAGCAUCGGCCUCCAGUGUGACAUAUAACAUAUGAGACAGCAGCACUUCAUAAACAAUAACAAUGGUGCAAAAUGUCAAUAACAAUCAUUUACCGUCCCUGUUAUAUGGUGGCUGAUCUCGUCCUCUGCUCAGAGGGUAAGGAGCUCCUGGACCUGCUUUGAGUUAGCUGCUAAAUGCUGCUGGCUGCUUUUUAAAUCUCCUGCAGUGAUGACGCAUAACUCGUCAUCAAAACGUCACACCUAUCCUGCCAGCUGUCCCUUUUACACAGUACUGGUUCGGCGCUGUUAUUACCUCCCGUGGCAGAUUAAAGGCGAGACAACUCUGUCUCCCCAUUCCGUGAUUGUACCUUAUAUACAGCAUGGUGAGGCGCCAUGACAGCGCCAUGUUCCCGCCUGAACAAGCAGUGUAAAAGGAGCUUUGGAUUAUACUGUGCGAGUUCUGUGAGUUUGAGAACGGAUGUUUUGAUUUAGUUUUUUUGACGUGAAUCCAUCAGCACACCUUAAAUUUCAAUAUGAGCGUUCCAUUCGUUUUUAUUGUCGCUCUUGGAUGAUGGACACUUUUAGUAAUGAGUGAAUCUUCAAGAGUUUAAAAAUAUAGAUUAAUUUGGAGCGGAUUAUGUGAAGGUCAUAUAUUCUAAUCCUCACUUCCUGUGGGCUACAGCAACACUAAACCCCCGAGCUUGCCUGAGAAGGACUAAAUGCACAAAGCUGCUAUUUUUAAAUAUCCCAUGGAGAGAGACUCUCACUGCAGCCUGUUCUAUUUUGUUCUGAAAAUGUGGGCGUGCAGCCUCGUUCUGUGGACGAUAAACCAGGUGCAGACUUCCAUCUGUGUCACUGCUGAUGAGGAAAUACAGCGAGUACUGGGCGGAGCAGUGAGUGACAACAACCCCGCCCACAUUUAAGAGGACUGUCUGAACAGACCGAGGGUCUAGGUACCAUGUCUGAAGGCUUACUGCUGGUUCCAAAGGUGCUGGACUGAAAGGGUUUAGUGGAAAUGUGGCUCAUAGGGACUUGUGCCAGCGACCCUCCGGUUCCCAAGUCAAGCCUCUACGGACUGAGUCUCUUAAAUUCAUUAUGAAUUUUUCAUUUCACCAUGACGACGUGAGAAAAACAAAGUUUUCUUCAUGAAUGUAACGUAACAUGGGCGAGUAACUGAUCAACAAAUUGUCACUUGUUGGGUGAAGUAUUCCUUUUUAUCCAUACUGACUGAACAUGAACACUAAAACGAAGACAUGUCAUUUUGAAAUGAAACUCUUCAGUGUGUUUGGACGGCAGCGACAGUGACACGUCAUUAAUGAUAACUGUAAUAUACUGUACCGAGCCUCCACCUGUAAACACACCUGCUGUCAUGUGACACUUUGAUAGUUGUAGAUCAAAUACAGAACUUCUCUCCAAAGUGAAAUCUCACCUGAAAACAUCUGGAGGAAAAAACUAAUGCAUCUGAAAUAACAAAUAUUUCAGGUUUGAAUUCUUGUCUGGUUUAAAGUUUUAUUUCCCCUCACGUGGAUGUGAGAUAUUUUGGAUUGAAUCUCUUCUGUUUGCGUAGUUUGAUCAGCUUUGUGGUGGCGAGGCUGCGUUUGAAAACCUGCUGCUUUUUAUGGUGUAUUUAUGGUUGAAAAAUCGUGACGAACUGCAGCGAGAAAAAAAAAAAAACCUGCAGUGACGCUUUCCUCAUUUAUUUGUUUUACUUUGAUCAUAUUUAUUAAUGACUAUGAAAACGCCAAAUUCAAGCCAAAAGAUUGAACCGAGACGACGAGAUGCUUCCUACUAAACCUGACAGUUGUUGUUGCUAAUGCUAAUUAGCUCGUUUUGUUGUGAAAUAACGAUAGUGCAACACUUUAAGUAACAGCUGUUUAGUUCCUAAACCCCAGAUUUGUAACUGCUUUAUAUGCUGACUGCCUGAAAAUAUUGUAUUUUGUGUAAUUAUUAUUAUUUGGAGCAAUUAACUAGUUUUUUAAACGACUCUUUGUGUUUGGUGACAGACUUGUAAGAUACAGGUAGAUAUUUUUUUUAAAGAUGUAUUCUCUGUUUUACUUGAAAAGUGAAGUUUAUUCCUUUGGGGUUUCUGCUGGUGUUGUAAGAAGUACAUGUACAUGACUUGACCUCUCAGCACUACAUAACACUUUGUUUUCGCUUUCUACCAAAUUAUCAUCUCAAACAUGCAGCUGUGUUCGUGGGGUGGAGGGAAACUCCAUGUUGCUUUUCUUUAAAUUGAAACGGUGUAAAAAGGGUAAGCAGAUAUGUGUAUAGUUUUUAAGUAUUAAAGCAGAUCUAUUUAUAAACGUGGUGUAAUUUAAGGGAAAUUUGAAAGUGAGAGUCAGCGGAUCAUUUAUCGAGUUGAGCCAAAAGAUCAAACAGUUAUUUAUGUGACGGUAAGUCUGCAGUUUGAUUUUCAGCUUACCUUUAAAGUUAUGCAGAAAGUGAACGGAGUCUGGUUGUUUUGGUGCUUCGUCUCAGUCUGAGCUCAGUCACAGAAAUGUCAGUUUGGAGUCAGCUGUUCACUUUUAAAAGUCUUUUCACGUCCGUGUGAGGAUACAACACGUUCUCACUCCGACCUCGUCACACAUCGAUGUUUUUGUCAUGGACUUUCCACGUCCACAUACGACAUCAAAGGUACCCUGGGUGUGCUGGUUGUUGACGUUCUGGGACGCCGUGUCAACUUCAGCCUGUUACAUGAAAUUUAAACACAGUCUCAAACACAAACAAACAAAACAGUCUCUUUCAAAAUAAAAGCACUACAUUGGUACAACACUGCAAACUGAUGGGCCGGGCGCUGUUAAACGAUAAAGGCAACCAGACUUGUAUCAUGCUGAUGUUAAAGGACGCCUUUUUACGUUGGUUUCUGACACCGCAAGUUACUGCCCAAGUGCCAGAUUUCGACGACUUUGGAGUGAGACCGGGCUCGACAACAUGGCCGAGACUUUGCCAUUAUGUCAACUGUAAUUCUUGCACUUAUCUGUAUCCAAAGUUUUCACAUCAAAUCCAGAAGAAAACAAGAAAGGUUUAUCUGACACAUCCAGCGUGGAUUGCAGAAGACAGUUUGUGGCAUGAAAGUCAAGCCUAAACAAAAUAAAGUUUUUGUUUUGUAUGCCUCUGGUGAUCGCCGUGCUGGAGGCAUUAUGUUUUCAGCUUGUCCGUCCGUCCCAUUCUCGUGAACACGAUAUCUUCAGAAGGCCUGAGGGCAUUUCUGAAACGUUCACACGGUUCAACAGUGAACCGAUUAGAUUUCGGUGGUCAAAGUUCAAAGUCACCGUGACCUUGCAUCUGUCUCAUUGUCGUAAACCUGAUAUCUCAAGAUCACCUUAAGGGAAUUUCCUUAAAUUUGACACAAACGUCCACUCGGACUGAAGAAUAGCCUGAUUAAAAUUUUGUGGCCAAAGGUCAGUGUGACCUCACAAAACGUUUUUGGCCAUAACUGAAGAAUUCAUACGCUAAUUAUGACAGAACUUCACACAAAUGUCUCACAGGAUAAAAUAAUGAAGGUCAAAAGGUCAAAGGUCAGCUUGACUGUGACAUCAUCAUGUUUUAACGUCAUAUCUCAGGAACAGAAGGGGAGACAUUUGGUCAGAUACUGAAUUGGUGACUCUAAUCUUGAAACUGUGCUGAUUGUAUAGAUCUUGUGUGUGUGAAGCAUCCAUGUUUUCACUGACAUGGAUGGAGACUGCGUGGGACCGUAUUUCUAGUUUCUGCAUAUUUUGGCUUAUUAUCAUCCUCAAAUAAUCCAGAAUCAACUGACACCAGACUCCGUUCAUAUCUGUCUACUUUAUUUUACUUUCAGAGCAAUAGAA